UCUGCAGUUAAAAACUUAGACGGUUUUUAACCUGAGUCCACAAUUUUUUCAAUGCUUUUUUCACCAGGAUUCAGUCUUUCUACACCAGCUUUUUAUUCCUUGUAGCCUGGAGAGGGCUUCAAAACAACAUUUACACCUUAAUGUUUGGGGAAUAAAACAGUUACACUUUACUUAAUCUGUAAUUUCCUGUAGUUUCCUGGACAGACCUAAUCCAGCACAAACUGUGAGACAGUUAUUUUAGUUUAAUGUUGUUGCUUUUCAGAUGAUUUUCCUUGCAACUGUUUCUUUCAGAAAAUAUAAAAGAGCUACAAAAGAAUAAAAAUUUAGACGCUGUCUUGUUUGGGGGGUGGCUAUGAAGGAUGUUUGGCUACUGAACUCCUCCUGGUUUAAUGAGAUGGACUCAAAUGACUAAAACAUACAGCAACUUCCUCUGAGAUCAUCUGAAACAGACUUCAUUAUUGAGCAAAUGAGCCAUACAGGUCAUUAUAGAGCUAUGUGCAGCUGCAGUGGAAAAUAUCAUCCUCACACACACACACACAAAAAAAAAACUUAGUCCGAAGAUCUCUGCUGAUGUUCUAUGACUUUCUCCCCUGGUUUCCUGUCUGUCUCUGUGGAGCUGUGGAGAGAUUGGACUGUUGGAGAGGAGGGAGUCCCUCAGAAAUGUUGUACAGUCACUUUUUUGUGAGGGGAUUACAGUGCUCUCUCUCAUUCCCCAUUGGCUUGGCUCGCCGUGACAGUCGUGUGGUGAUGAGAGGUUGACAUGCCCAGCAUCAUCCAUAACAAGCUUCCAACUUGGUCCCGUGCGACUCCCAUUCAUGCGCCCAGGCUUUGCGCCUUAUGUAGUUUUCAGUUCCACUUGGUGCAAACGCUUCAGUCAAUCUGGAACUUUCUGCUCUUUAAACGACAGAGAGACAGAGAAAGUAUUUCUUAACUCAGUCUAUCUUUGCGUCACUUUUCCUUUUCCUUUUACGCACGAGAGGAGCAUGAGCUUUUUGGAGAGGUGACUCACUUUAAAGUAGGAUCGUGCGCGUGCUUUAAUUGAUGUGUCAGCUCCUGAAAUGGCAAAACCUUUAGAUCAUAUCAAGAGACCCAUGAACGCCUUCAUGGUUUGGUCCAGAGGCCAGAGGAGAAAGAUGGCCCAGGAGAACCCGAAGAUGCACAACUCUGAGAUCAGCAAGAGACUCGGCGCGGAGUGGAAGCUGCUCUCCGACUCUGAGAAGCGCCCGUACAUCGACGAGGCCAAGAGGCUGCGGGCUCAGCACAUGAAGGAGCACCCGGACUACAAGUACCGACCCCGGCGCAAACCCAAGAGCCUCCUGAAGAGGGACCGUUUUGUUUUCCCGCUGCCGUCUCUGCUCGGGGAGGCAGCGGAGCACUUGAAGGGAUUUUCCAUGGACUCCUUUCUCGUCCCCGGGGAUAAAGCCAGGGCUCUCCUCGCUCCCGCCUCCUCCUCCUCCUCUUCUUCCUCCUCCACAUCGUCCUUCUCUCUGCUGGAGCCGGUGGCGCAGUUCAGCACCGGAGCUGUCCAGCGGAUGGCGGAGAUUCCGCACACUCUGGCCGCGGGCGCUCUGCCUUACGGCGCGCACGCCUUUGGGUACCAGACCGGAGGGAUCGGAGGUCUGGCUUGCCACGGACAGCACACCCACACCCACCCGUCACCCUCCAGCCCCGGGUACGUGGUGCCGUGUAACUGUAGCGCGUGGUCUGCGGCCAGUUUACAGCCUCAGGUGGCAUAUAUUCUCUUCCCUGGAGGGAUGACCAAGAGCGGCAUGGACUCUUACACUUCACCCAGCUCCAGUGUGUGACACAGACGCACGGUUAAAACAGGAAAAGUUUACGCACAGGACCUCAACAUAUAAAAUGACAAAAGAAAUGGAACUGGGCUUCAGUACAUGUUUUCAUCCUAGAAAUAUUACAGCAAAACUGUCCACUUUGAUUCAUUACCCUGUGGGAAUGUUACAGUCCUACCGCAGAGAUUUAAAACAUUUCAAAAUGCCAUAAAUUGCUGUUUAAUCAGUCACAGCUGAGCACCAAAAACACACAGCAAGUCCCUGUCUGUAAAUGUAAAUACAGAGUAAUGACUGUGGUGUGAAGAUGCUAUUUUAUUAUUACUGCUUUGACAAGAGAAUAAAUACAAAACAAAGUGCAGGAGGCCCACACUUAAGCUUUUCUAAAUAACUGAUCCAAACAAAAUCAGUUGAUUUUUGUGUCCACAUAACUGUCAGUCAGACAAACAGAAAUGUGUUGUGGAUGUAAGGAAGCCUGCAAGGGCCAAUGUGUUUUGGUAUGUUUAUUUAUCCAAGCAAAACAACCACAACAACAACAAAACAACAUCAUUUUGCAUUUUUUAUUCUUGCAUUCUUAUAUUUGGAAACUAACACCUGUUUAUCUCCCCAGAAUAUUUGUCUCAGUAUGUAGGCCUGCCUACAGUUAGUUUUCU